AUGGAGAAAGUCAAGAACUCAAAGGUCGCAUACUGGGCCGAUAAGCUCGCCGUGGAGAGCGAACCCAACCUCACCACAGCGCAGCUUAUGCUCUUCAACCACGAUUUGAAGCCUGUCGAGCCGGAGCGUCGUCAAUGGGGUGCUUGGAAUUUCGUGGGCUUUUGGGUCGCCGACUCCUUCAACAUCAACACCUGGAUGAUCUCGUCCGCAAACAUCGUUGACGGUCUUUCAUGGUGGCAAUCUUGGAUAUGUGUCUGGCUUGGCUACUCCAUCGCUGCCUGCUUUGUCUGCAUGACUGGCCGUAUCGGCGCAACAUACCACAUCUCUUUCCCCGUUGUCAACCGUUCAUCUUUCGGUAUCUGGGGAGCAUUAUGGCCCGUUUUCAACCGUGCAGCCAUGGCCAGUAUCUGGUACGGCGUACAAGCAUGGAUUGGCGGUACUUGUGUUCGCCUCAUGAUUCGCGCCAUCUGGAACAACUGGAGAGACUCUGAGGGCCCCGGUACAGGUGGCAUCACCAACGGCAUCCCCAGCUCCGGCACGACCACCGUCGCCUUUGUGUCCUUCUUCCUGUUUUGGGCUGGAUCGCUACCCUUCAUCUACCCGCCAGUACACAAGAUCCGCCACCUGUUUACCGUAAAGGCCUAUGUUGUUCCGACUGCUGGCGUCGCCUUCUUCAUCUGGGCCGUCGUUCGUGCGAAGGGAUUGGGCCCGAUUGUUCACCAACAAGGUACACUCAGCGGAUCUGCGCUUGGUUGGAUGAUGGUCCGCGGAAUCAUGAGUGCCAUUGCGAACUUCGCUACCUUGAUCGUCAAUGACCCUGAUUUCGCCCGUUUUGCGAAGAAGCCAUCGAACGCCUUCCUUCCGCAACUGCUCACUAUCCCCAUUGGAUUUGCCAUCACCUCGUUCAUCGGUAUCAUCGUCUCAUCGUCGUCCACUGUGAUUUUCGGCGAGGCUAUCUGGGAUCCUUUGAAGUUGCUCGAGUCUUUCCUGGAUGAGGGGGGCUCAGCGCAACGUUUCGGUGUCUUCUGCAUCGCCGCAGCCUUCGCGCUCGCCCAACUCGGAACCAACAUCGCAGCGAACUCCAUCAGUGCCGGAACUGACAUGACAGCACUUGCACCCCGAUGGAUCAGUAUCAGACGUGGUGGAUACAUCUGUGCGCUCGUCGGCCUCGUCAUGUGCCCAUGGAACCUCCUCUCCGACACCAACAACUUCACAACCUACCUCUCUGCCUACUCCGUCUUCCUUUCCUCCAUUGCGGGUGUCAUGAUCUGUGACUACUACAUCGUCCGAAAAGGCUACCUCCAGAUCAAGGACCUAUACUCUGGAAAGAAGACUGGUCCUUACUACUACACCCUUGGAUUCCACUGGCGCGGCUACGCAGCUUACAUUGCUGGUAUCCUCAUCAACGUCGUCGGGUUUGCAGGAGCUAUCGGUCGCGACGUACCCAUUGGUGCGAAGCGCAUCUAUGACCUCAACUUCUUUGCUGGCUUCUUGGUCGCAAGCAUUACAUACUGGGCGCUGUGCAAGAUCAGCCCUAUCCCGGCGACCAGCGACGUCUGGAUGGAAGUCGGCGACGAGAUCACGGACAUCAGUGUCGCCUACACCGAUAGCGAUGCUGAUCGUUACGAUGAAGAAAUCAUGCACGGAGCAGACGGAAAGGGGGUUGAAGCGUCGAAGAACUUUUAG